AUGCACAACCUCAAGUCUUUGAGGGAGAUUUUAUCUGAAAAUGGGAUGUCAAGCGGAUUAGAAAGCACUGAAACGGGGAUUUGUCAGAUGACACCGUCUCUGAUGAAUAAUAAGACUGUGUCCUCUAUGUCUCUAUUGCACAAUAGCUACAUUCUGACGGGAGACAGCAUGACUUCGGACCAUGAGAAGAAUUUCUGGUUGCAACGGCAGGCUGCUACAAGUCGACCAAUGGAUGUUAACAUGGAUUCAUUCGAAAAAUCGUCGCAUGAAAUGGACUUGACAGCAGAUACUUUCUUGCAACAAGCUGCUUACAUCAACGUGCUAGCGCAGAACCCUAUCCUCGUGCCAGGCGACUUCUCCCAAAGAAUCGCAUGGGCUGGUAACUGCGGUUUGGACAAUUCAAACAAGCAUUUUUUGAGUAAUCCGAAUCAGACCUCCUUCAUGAGUGUCCUCGAACGCGCGACGAUGAUCGGUCAAGCACUACCUGAAUCUCAAGACCCCACGGAACUCUAUCAUAAAUACAAGGAACAGAUCAUGAAGCAAGAGAGCAAGAUAAAGGAAGCAUCGGGAUCCGAGAGCUCUGAGCACGAGGAUUCGGUAGUUCUCAGUGAACAGGCAUCCUCCGACGAUAUUAGCAAGGCUGUUGUGGCAUCAGUUGGCAGGAGGAGGAGGCGCAAUGCCACUGAUGAUGUGACUAUCUUCCCACGCAGAAAGGCAGGGCAGGACAAGCUGGGUAGAAACAGACCGCCGAUUGUUAUAUCUCUGCCAAUGCUACAAAGAUUGUUCGACCUCCCCCAACGGGCAGCGAGCAAGAAACUUGGCAUAUGCACCACAGUAAUGAAGAAAGUUUGCCGAAGAUUGGGAGUUUGCAAGUGGCCGUAUAAGGAGAGCAAAGCCAGGAAACUGUCUUCCGCUGUUACUUCGUCUGAUUGA